AUGGGGAUGGUCAUUGUGGCCUUCACCAGGGCGUGCAUCACCCAGGACAGUAUGGACACAGGGGGUGUGGUCAUCAUGGCUUUCACCGGGUGGAAAAUCACCCAGGUGACCUCACCUGGACAGUGUGGACAGGGGAUGGUCAUCGUGGCCUUCACGGGUGCCUGUGUCACCCAGGACAAUAUGGACAGGGGGGACAUCGGAGUGGUCAUUGUGGCCUUCACUGGGGGGAAAAUCACUCAGGACAAUAUGGACAGGGGGGACAUCGGAGUGGUCAUCGUGGCCUUCACUGGGGGGAAAAUCACUCAGGGGGACAUAGGGGUGGUCAUCAUGGCCUUCACCGGGGUGUGCAUCACCCAGGGAGACACAGGGGUGGUCAUUGUGGCCUUCAGAGGGGCCUGUAUCACUGAGGACAGGAUGGACAGGGGUGUGGUCAUUGUGGUCUUCGUCGGGGCCUGCAUCACCCAGGGACACAGGGGUGUGGUCAUCAUGGCCUUCACGGGCACCUGCAUCACCCAGGGGCAGCACCUCACCGUCUGCUCCCUCCCCUUUUCCCCAAAUUCCCCGUUUUUCCCCCAUGCAGGGGAGCAGUUUUUCGACAUCGACAGCGGCCGCAACGCCCCGCUGCACUCGCCGCCCACCGAGCACUACACCAUCGUCUUCAACACCUUCGUGAUGAUGCAGCUCUUCAACGAGAUCAACGCCCGCAAGAUCCACGGCGAGAGGAACGUCUUCGAGGGCAUCUACCGCAACCCCAUCUUCUGCACCGUGGUGCUGGGCACCUUCGCCGCCCAGAUCAUCAUCGUGGAGUUCGGGGGGAAGCCCUUCAGCUGCUCCGGGCUCACCCUGAGCCAGUGGUUCUGGUGCAUCUUCAUCGGCGUGGGAGAGCUCCUGUGGGGCCAGAUCAUCAUCGUGGAGUUCGGGGGGAAGCCCUUCAGCUGCUCCGGGCUCACCCUGAGCCAGUGGUUCUGGUGCAUCUUCAUCGGCGUGGGAGAGCUCCUGUGGGGCCAGGUGAUCUGCACCGUCCCCACCAGCCAGCUGAAGUUCCUGAAGGAGGCCGGGCACGGCAUCACCAAGGAGGAGAUCCCCGAGGAGGAGCUGCCCGAGGACGUGGACGAGAUCGACCACGCCGAGAUGGAGCUGCGCCGGGGGCAGAUCCUGUGGUUCCGGGGGCUCAACCGCAUCCAGACCCAGAUCAAAGUGGUGAAUGCGUUCCGUAGCUCCCUGUACGAAGGCCUCGAGAAACCCGAAUCCAGAAGCUCCAUCCAUAACUUCAUGACUCACCCGGAGUUCAUCCUGGAGGAAGACGAGCCUCGGACACCAUUCCUUGACGGCGACGACGACGCCGAGCCCGACGGACUCCAAAAGCGAGCUGGGGGCAGCCUGGCCGGACCCACGGCCCUCAACAGGAACAACAACGCGGUGGACAGCGAGUUCGCCUUCCCCGAGCCCGGGAGCCCCUUCCACAGCCUGGAGACGUCUGUUUGACCUUCGAACUUGGAAUUCCCCCUCCUCCUCCUCUUCUUCCUCCUCAUCCUCCUCGUCCACCUCGGCCCCGUGUGGUCCCGGCACCAGGAACUGAUCACACGCUGCGGUCACUCCGUGUCAAACUGCUCAUGCCUGUUAUCAUCAUCCGGGGGGUUUUUUUUGGGGAGGGAAAGGGUGGGUUUAUCUGUUUUUUGGGGUUUUUUUUAGUUUCAUUUUUGUUGGKGGUUUUUUUUUUUACAGUGAUUUAAGCAGUGGGAACCAGAGUACCACCACGCUGGGUGUUGGGAGAGAGGCUUAGCCAAAAAAAAAAAAAAACCACAGAAAAAACAACAACAAGCCCAAAAUUGUGCAUCUCCACCCCCGAUUUUUUGUGGUACUCGCCCGGGGGAAGCAGCCAGGUUCAUUCCUCUCCAAAAGAGGGUUUUUCACUUUGGAAAAAUGCAUGUUCCAAGGAAAUCCAAGUUGUUGUAGUCUUACACGCCCUCAGCCUCCAAGGGCUGGGGGUGCACUUGUGACUUGAGUUUAUUUUUUUUUCCUUCGGGUUUUUUUUCUUCCACUUGCAGUUUUUAGGGUUUUUUUUUCAUUUUUCUUCUAACGUUGGGGGUUUGCUCUUUGCUUGUGGGGUUUGCCCUCCCAGGAACUUCAUUAGCAGGAAGAAGUGGGAUGGGGCCAGUCACCACUCCAGUGUGAAAAUUUAAAGAAUAAGCUAAAAAAAAAAAUAAAAAAUCCCAGCCAGGGGAAGGUGUUUACUCCGAGAGAGAUCCAGGGAUGUCCACCAGUCUUCCACCUUUGAAAAAAAAAUAA